AAAAUGGCGACACAAUCCAACACAACUUGACUGCACCAAACAAGAUGUCUAUAAAAGACCUGAACUCAUCAUUCGAGGUGGGGUGGAACGACAGUGAAGUGUGGGGCGUGCCCCAACUGGACCUCGACGUCUUCUACAGCCCAGAUGUAGUGAUCAUAGUGCUGUAUGUUGUGGUGUUAACUGCUUCGUUGUCGGCGAAUACGCUGCUGAUAUUUAUUGUUAUCAAGUUCCAGUAUAUGAGGAGCGUCACAAACAUAUUCCUGGUGAACCUGUCAGUAGCAGACCUGCUAGUGACUCUGUUCUGCAUGCCCGUGCAGAUCGCCAAGUCCGUCACGCUGCUGUGGUACUUCGGCGAGGUCAUGUGCAAGACUGUCAACUUUUUGCAAGGAGUGGCAGUAGCAUCCAGCGUGUUCACGAUCACAGCGAUGUCUGUGGACCGAUACCUGGCCAUCACGCAGUCGCUCCGGCAGCCCUGGAUGCCGUCCCGCCGAGGGGCUUGCAGCCUGCUGGCGGGGCUGUGGCUGGUGGCUUUGGCCAUCUUCGCGCCAUUGUUAGCAGUAGCUACCGUGGAGAGGGAGUAUGUUCCUUCUUUGUCGAGGACGAGAAAUGGAUCGGUAUGGAUAGAGCGGAGCAUCGAGUUCUGCACAGAGAAAUGGCCGGACUCGAUUCGGAAAGAAUUGUUCGGCGCAUUCAGUUUCGUGCUCGUGUACGCUGUGCCCGGGUGCAUAGUGGUGGUAUCAUACUCCCUCAUGGGGCGAAGGCUGUGCUCCGUGCUGCCGCCGUUUGACCAGACAGAAGGCAGCGCUAACAGUCAACAGCGCCUCAGGAUUGUUCGUGAAAGAAAGCGAGUGGCGUGGAUCCUACUCCUCCUAGCAGUUCUGUUUGCGCUGUGCUGGCUGCCGUACAACAUACUGCAGCUACUGAUUGACGUGAACGCUGUCAACGUGGAAUCUGUGUCUGCGAUGUUACCAUACACAUUGCUUUUGGGGCACACGAACUCAGCGAUCAACCCCAUAGUGUACUGCCUGAUGACCCGUAACUUCAGGCGGUCUCUCCGCAAGCUCAUCUGCCAUGAUCCUGGUAACAUACACUCUAGUACUCAUUUCCAUAUGCAAGGCUUACGUCAAAAAUCCAACACGUCUAGCAUGAGAACUUGCACUACUGUCACCUUCAGAAGCAGCAACAACCAGCUAGCGAGAACAGCGCCCCCUAGCAUCCAGUACGGGAGAGCUAACAGAACCUCCUCCUUCAGAGACAACGGGUGGAAGGACCGCUACCAGAAAACGCCACAAUUUUUGUAAAUUCAGCCUUCAAACAUAGGACUGUAGAAUGUAAACCGUGAUGCAUAAUGUGAGAUUAAAUAAAACUAAAACUGUUAUAGAAUUGAAAUGUUACUAAAAUUAUUUUGUUUUAGGUAGUCCUUAUUAUUUUUGCUCUGAUGCUAAAGAAAUAAUUUUAUAAAACACGUAAAAGCAGCGCCAUCUUUGUUCAGACUCCAAAACUAAACGCGUCACGCCUGCAUUAUCUCAUAAGCAGUUGCUAUGAAACCACCGCUAGGUGGCGCUUACAUUAAUUUAAAUGCUUUUGCUGGGGAUACAGUUGUUUUAUAUAAAAUAAAGUUUUGUAUAUUGCAAGAAUAAGAAAGCCAGCUUAUUUAAAUAUACUUACAACUUAAUUAAGAUCUAGGCUUAAUGUAACUUUAAGUAUUUUACGUCUAACGUAACACGAUCUCAAAAGAGAGAAAACCUUUUGAAAUACCUCCUAACUGUAACUAAAUAGUUCUAAGUCAUAUUAUUAUUUAUUUAUGAUAGGUAAAAUAUUAAUUUUGUCUUAAGAUGUUCUUGUUAUUGAUUAUAAUAUCAUUGAAUUGAAAACAGUGCCAUCUGAUAUCAGUUUCUAAAUUAGAUAACUAAGUUAAAGCAGUCUACAAAAGUGUUCGAGAUUAAUAAAUAUAAGCCAACACUUAGGUGUUGUGUAUAAUUUACAAGUCAUGAUGUUUUAAUUUUAUUUAAAAACAAAAAAU